AUUUACAUAAAUUAAUCCGCAGCUUAGAUAAUAAGAAAUUAAGCCGGAAAUCAUCACAUUCGUGACAAAACACAAAACUGUCGAUAAUAACAAAUACAAAAGAAAUCACAAAGCAGAGAUAUAUUGAGCAACAAUCAAAUAUAAAUAAAUCAAACUUUACAUCGCGGAAGAUUAUCAGUGUAACAAAUCAUAUACGGAAGGAAAAGGCAGACAUCUCAAAACAUCGAACUAAAACUCAUAAUUUCUUUACAAGGUGGUCGCGCUGGCGUGAUCCAAAUCAAGCGAAAUUAAAGAUGAAGCUAUAUUUUAUCUUACUGGUAUGCGUUUAUGCAGUGAAUUGCGACAUGUAUCUUCAUAACCCAAGGGGAAGUAACAAUAGAUUAGAUGAAGCUGGUAGGGAAAGGAACAAUGCAAAUAGGAUGUUUGACUCUCAGAACAAUAACAGAGGAGGCUACAAUGUUGGAAGUCUUUAUUAUUACCAGGGAUCAAAACUCUCCAUAGAAUGGACGAACCAACAUUCAUGCCAAAAUCGUAAUGCCCAUUGUGAGGUUGUAUUGCAAUACAUGUGUGGGGACUUAGUCAGGGAUGGUGUCACAACGACAACUAUUCCAGACAAUCCGGCACAAUGUGAAAACUAUGAUUGUAACACAGAUACAAGAUAUGGAAUGAAUGAAGAUUAUGACUAUUAUCUCAACUGUAAACUUCGCUACAGAAACAAAGGAUUGUUCACCGCCGACCAGAAUCUAAAUGGCAACAAUAGGCAAACUGCUAUAAAUACAAGACAGAAUCCUGGAGGAACACGUAGAGGAUAUGAGUGCCCAGAGGAGAGGGAUUAUUACCCUUAUUGGCACCCUACACCUUGGAAGGACAUUGCUAUCUUGACAAAUGAUGCAACAAUGUGCCCAUACUACCAGAGUGAAAGCCAGAACGUAAAGUCAAAGUUUGCUUGUGACAUUCCACGUGAAGUCAUUUAUGCUCAGGCCAACCAGAACUUCAAGAUUCCAAAUAACAAGGAAGAUUGUGAGGCACUAGAGCUCCCUGCAGUUGCUGGUGUGAAUGCCACCAAUGGAGUAUGGAAAGAGUUCCCUGCCCAUGGUAUUCCAGCCCCUGAGUGUCGAGAGACUGAGCUUUCCAGGGACAAUCAGUUAGGUAAUGGGAUUGGGGGAUACCCCCUGACUCAUAAUUGGACCAUUCCUGAGGAUUUUGUUGAGGACAAAUGUGUUCUAAGGACAAGGUACAAUAUCUCUACAGGAGAUUAUGAAGGUUGGAAUGACACGGAUGCUUCUAACAAUGCACAGGGGAACAACCAAGCUGCUCAGCUGGACCUGUCUGAGAAGUAUGGGCUUGAUGACCAGGAUGCUGCUGCAGAUAGAGGCUAUGAGUUUGAGAAUAAUCCUAACACCCAGAUCUUUCCAAAUGCAGACUUUACUCUCCAGCUGGCAAUCAACACAGCUCAACUUGGACGUACAUUCCAAGACAGAUCACACACAUUUGCAGUCGUGGAGCGGCCAGCAGACUUAAAAGAUGCAGUAAUUCACAACAUCAAUGUUCGUGGCAAGCGAGGCAACAUUGUACAGGUCUACCCAGGUGUGGAGUAUGAUUUUGUUCCAAAUACAUUGGAAAUGGCAGCUGGGGAACAUGUACAUUUCCAGUGGACAGGUUCAAAUACAAAUCCUCGUAAUAAUGAUGGUCAAGGUCUUGCUGGAACAGACAGAUCUAAUGUUGUCCUUCAACGAGCCCAGAUUUACCCAGAAGGCUCUGGAAUAGCAUACCAACCUGGAGAAAAGUUUGGUCACUGGGGUCGAAGUUACCCUGGUGAUGUGAGAAAUAUGUCAUUCCUGGAUCUCCCAUUAGAGGAUUUACAAAAUCUGGCAGUCCUUACAAACAAACAAUUCCGUGGUGAGUUAUCAGAACUUGACGAUGCAGGAACUUAUUAUGACCUUGGGCCUCGCAAGGUGACCACCACAGGGAGCUAUCAUUAUAUGUGUACCAGGAACAACAAUUUCUCAAACCGAAGUCAGAAAGGUCGUAUCAUUUGCUUGGAUCACUCAGUGGCGGAUGUCAGUGUAGGAUGGAAUGGUGGCAGUAUCAAUAUUGGAAGAAAAGCUGCCAUCAAUAUAGAGCCUGACACAUUUGCUCAGUUGCAGAAAUUGCGCAUAGAGGAAUGGGAGACGGCAGUUGCAGAAGCAAGGAUUGCAGAAUUGGGCAGAUCUAUCAAUGUUGGAGACGGUUAUGCAAGUAACUACAUCAGAUUGCUUCCUGAGACCAAACUCACCCAGGGUGACAAGACAUUCACUGUUCAGAUGAAAGUUGAGCAACCAGGCACUAAGAAUGUGGGAGUUUAUCGCACAAAUAAUGACUUUGCAACUUGGACCAGACUCGAUGCUGAUAUUAAUGAUGGCCUUGCAACCUUUGAAGCCCAGGGUGGUGGGGUUUAUGUUGCCAGAACUGAGCCACAAGUUGGUGUUAUUGUUGGUGUUUGUAUUGGACUUAUUGCCCUAGUUGCUAUUAUAAUUGGAGGAAUAUUGUACUUCAAGAAAAAUCCUGAUAAAUUGGAAAGCUUGCGAGGAGGAGCUAGAAAUGCAGGCAGAUCUGUACAGAAUAAGGUGUAGAAUUUAUUCCAUUUGAAUUUCAAGAUUUGUUAAUGCUCAGUUUUAAGUAAAACAUUAACUGACAGUUAGUACAUGGAUAACAUAAAAUAAUUUAAACAUUUUGAGCAAUGAACUAUGAAACUAUGCAAAACAAACAAAAACAGACUAAUCCUGCACAUUUUAUUUUUCAUGCUUUUGGUAUACGGUAUAUUGAUCACUUAUAUUCCGAAAAGCCAGGGCCAAAGCUGAUUUCAAGAUCAUUGACUUUGUUAGAUAUAACCUACACAUAUUUUAUACACAGUGUCACUCAUUGACCGUGCAAUUGUCUCAUUAACUUUACAGUAUAACAGUAUUAAGGUGCAAUGUUUUGUUGAGCUAAUUGAUCAUUAAUAUGUAUAUUUCUGUGAGUAUUGUUCCUUGGUGAAGCUAUUCAUUUGCUGCGCACCUAUUGUAUGAAACAAUAUGCACAUUAACAUUGUAAAUUAGUCAUAAACUGAUCAGUUAAUAUAUCAUUCUGUUCCAUGGCUCAAAGUUUAUCUCUAAUUUACAAAUAUGUGAAUAUUUUUUCAGAGAAUCAUUAUAUCAUGUUUUAAAGUUUGGAUUGUGAUACAGGGAGUUAUCACCUUUUACAUGAACAAGAUAUGAGACGGGGAUUUGCCUUUUUUAAGAUAUUCUGCUGUAUCACACUCAAAAUCAUGUAACAGAGCUUACAAUAAAAGUCCCAAAUCUAUGUAAAUCCAUCUAUUUUAUCAUAUAAAUUCCUGUAUUAAUUAAUCAUUAUUUGUUACAAGUCUCAAAUUUGUAGAAAACUUAUAACUAUUGUAUAAAGGUUUUCACAUUUUAUAAACAUAAUUAUAAUUUGAGCUCUCUAUUUUUAUAAAAUGGGCCUCCAUUCACCUUACUUUUUACGAUAGAGUAUUUCUCAUGAGGACAAUAAAAUCAAAGUGGUCUUUGUUUUGAAACAUGAAAAAGAAUAACAAAAAACUGAUUUGCAAUAAACAAACAGGCCUAGGUUUUCUUAAACAUGUUCAUCAGGUUGGAUUAUUAAAUUACAAAACUGUUUUUUCUUCUUAUCACAACCUUU